AUCACAUACUCCCUCCCCUUCGCGAGACUCUGACCCGAUGAAGAGCUUGGCCCUCUCUAUGGGAGAAAGAUCAUUUUCACAAUCUGCACAGUUGUUUAUUUCACACCGGGAACCUUUAUUCAUGCCAGACUUUCAAUAAUUUCAUGUUUGGGGCGAAGCGAAUUGAAGAAAUUGGGAUAAAAUAUCCAGAGGUUAUAAACAGAAGACGGAACGGAGCCCGUAUAUCAGUGGUAUUUUAUAAGCUCGUGUCCUUAAGCCAUGGGGGCAUUUUUGGACAAGCCAAAAACAGAGAAGCACAAUGCCCAUGGUGCAGGUAAUGGUCUGCGCUUUGGUCUGAGCAGCAUGCAGGGCUGGCGGGUGGAGAUGGAGGACGCUCACACAGCAGUAGUGGGCCUCCCCCAUGGCCUGGAUGACUGGUCCUUCUUUGCCGUUUAUGACGGUCAUGCUGGUUCACGUGUGGCCAACUACUGCUCAAAACACCUAUUAGAGCACAUUAUCAGCAGCACCGAGGACUUCAAGCCUGGUCGUGACUCAGUAGAGGGCGUAAAGACCGGAAUUCGCUCCGGCUUUCUGAAGAUUGAUGAGUAUAUGCGCAACUUUUCUGAGCUGCGUAACGGUAUGGACCGUAGUGGCUCAACGGCAGUGGGUGUGCUGCUCUCACCCGAGCACCUCUAUUUCAUCAACUGUGGCGAUUCUCGUGCUGUGUUAUGCCGUGCUGCUCAGGUGCGUUUCUCUACUCAGGAUCACAAGCCCUGCAACCCCCGUGAGAAAGAGCGCAUCCAGAACGCUGGUGGCUCCGUUAUGAUCCAGCGUGUCAACGGCUCUCUUGCAGUGUCACGUGCCCUUGGUGACUACGACUACAAGUGUGUUGACGGAAAGGGACCCACAGAGCAACUGGUGUCACCUGAGCCAGAGGUGUUCGAGAUUCCUCGUGUUCCAGAUGAGGACGAGUUUGUGGUGCUGGCUUGUGACGGUAUCUGGGAUGUCAUGAGCAACGAGGAGCUGUGUCAGUUUGUGCGCUCUCGCCUGGAAGUGUGCGAAGACCUAGAGAAAGUCUGCAACUCUGUGGUGGACACAUGUCUACACAAAGGAAGUCGUGACAACAUGAGUGUUGUGCUAGUGUGUUUGCCCAAUGCACCCAAGGUAUCGGAGGAGGCAGUGAGAAGAGAGGCAGAGCUGGACAAGUUUCUGGAGUCUCGGGUUGAGGAGAUAAUGGAGAAGUCAGGAGAGGAAGGCCUCCCAGACCUGGCUUGUAUCAUGCGCAGCCUCUCAGCUGAGAACAUCCCAAACUUGCCACCAGGAGGUGGUCUUGCGAGCAAACGCAGUGUAAUUGAGGCCGUGUACAACAGGCUUAACCCACAUAGAGAAGAUGAUGGGGACGACCAGGGAGGUGCGGCUGGUGAGGAUGAAAAGAGCAGCGCUGCUGCCCAUCUCCUGGAGGUACUCCGACAGUUCCGCCUCAGCCACCGGGGCGAGUAUCGCCACGUCCUGGAACAAGCCCUCUCCACCUACCGGCUGUCCAGUGCUCAGGAAGAGCGUUCUUCUCACCCACCAUCCGCUGCCAGCGAGUCUCUAAACUCUGAGGACAGCGCAGAGGAGGCCAUGCCAACAGCACUAGACGACUUGACCAAUCCGCCUGUCGCAUGACCCUUGAUACCAGUUUAGCCAUUUUCAGACCCCUAAUUUCCUCCUUCCUCCCUGGCUCAGAGCACUAGUCAGCUUCCUGAAUACCCAAUGGCAUGGUUCCCUUCCAGCACAGUUCCAGUGCAGGUUUUUGGUUAAUUAUUUGUUUGUAUUCGAGUAUUAAUGAGGAGAGAGAAUUUGGUGGCCCGGAAUCAGGGUCACUCAUUUUUCAACAGGAAUAUCAAUAAAAGGAAAGGUUAGAUCUUUAUUCUUGCAACUGAAAACCUGCCCAGUUACUGUAAAUGAUAUCCUUGGCAUAUUCCAGCACUGUCUACAAGUCAGCACUUUUCUGAUGUGUAGCACUUAGAAUUGAUCUAAACUUGACCUGGUGGAAUCUAUACUUAGCCAUAAGUGAAAUUUCAGUGGUGCCAUGGAAUUAACCCUUCGAUAAAAUAAAUACCCUCUCCACAUUUUUAAAUGUGUUAUUUCUGUGUUUACACUAUUGGACAACAUUAAAAUUGAUUAUACAACCUGGAGUUUGCCAAGGAUGUUGGUCGCCUCUUGCGUUCAUGCACAACAGCACAUGCAGCUUGCCAUGCACUGCAUGUGUAUGUUGCAUUUUGGUUGUAGGAAGUGUGUUUCUGUGUUAGAAAUUAUCUUUUGCAUCACUGUGAUGCCAUGAUAAGAGUUCUGUUUGUUUAGCAAACGAUGGAUAGGGUUUUGAACAGUAUAUCAGCGACUUAAGAGUCGAGUAUGUGUCUUGUUUCAUUGUCUCCAUCUGUUCAUAAUCAAAGCCUUACAUUUGCUUGCUGUUGUCUCUGAGUGUUUGGGGAGGAAGCAGGAUUCACAAGGGAGUUGCCAGUAAAAGCACUCAAUUGUAAAUGCAGUCACUUGUUAAAGUUCUAAAUAGAAUAAUAAUGGAACAACCUUCUCUUUUUAUUUAUAAACAUUUGUCAUGACUCAAACACUGACGAGGACCUUUAGACGAAGAUGAGCUUUGUAAUCACAUCACAAUCCUCAGGUUAAUGAACAGACCAUUACUAUUACAAAGAUACCGGUCUUUUGCAUAUUUUGCACAUAAAUGCUUAUCUGUCAGUAUGUGAACUGGAUACAAGUUUAAUUAUCUUGACCAAAGAUGAUCUUGUUAUUUUUCUCCCAUGUAAAAGGGAUGAGGAAAUAAUUUUGACAUGUCUAUUAAUUGUGACUUUUGAGUUAAUUGCAUACUGAAUUAAAUGUAUAAACCAUGCUGUAGGUCUCCAAAAAAGUAAGAUUAACUGCAUGUGUAAUACAUUUUUCCUCCUUUAAUCCUUUGACCAAGCCUCAGUAAUCAGUACAUUUAUCUUUAUGGUUGUAGUUUGUGCAUAUAUAUAUAUAUGGUUUUGUUUGAUUCUGCAGUUGUUUUCUAAAUAAAUUCCAUUGAACAAUUA